GUAUUAACUCCAGAAGCCAAAUACUGCUGCGAAACCUGCAGACUGGUCUUGUGUCAAGCCCGCCAGACCGAGUGUGGACACCGCUUUUGUCAGAGCUGCAUCAACGACAUCCUCAGGCCAAUCUACUUGAACCGCCUCCCUCUCCUCCGUCACCGUGGUCCUUGACCUGCAAGUUCCAUUUGACUCUUGAGAACCAACAUAUCCUUCCUUGCACCCUGAAAGGACAGUUUUCACCCUGAAAGCACCCUGAAAGGACUGUUUGCAACCUGAAAGGACUCUUUGCACUCUUAAAGGACUGGACUAUUUGCACCCUGAAAGAAGUUGCACCCUGAAAGGACUAUUUGGACCCUGAAAGUUGCACCUUGAAAGGACUGUUUUCACCCUGAAAGCAUCCUGAAAGGACAGUUUGCUUUCCAAAACAUCUUUGAUCUUGGACGUUUAAUGUGUGGGGUCAAGCAAUGGUUAUGACAACAACAACAACAACAACAACAACAACAAAAAACACAUCUUUUAUCACAGGUGUUGGGGCAUUUCACAUUUUAGAGAGAGGCAGCACAAUUAGGAGGCAGAAGCGCUAUACUGCACAGGAGACUUGUGAGCUCAUUUUUAACUAUAUCGUGGAAAAUAAUGACCAGGAGGACAAUUCUGAACAUCAUGAGGAGGUGGAAUCAACUGAUGAGGAGGAUUCAGGGUCCGAAGAGAAGGAAAAUCAUGAUGAGGUAAUGGAUCCAACAUACAGACCAUAUGCUUCCUCUGAAGAAUUCCCCACAUCACCCGCUGCACAAAUAGAAGAAGGGUAUGAAGUGAGGGUCCAUGACGAACAUGAGGAAGAAUCUGAAGCUGAAAUUGAAGAAGUGUCAGAAGUGGAGGACUGCACUUAUGAUGAAGUGGAAGAAUCAACAAGAAUUGGAGAAAGAGGACCCAGCUGCGAUAGAAGAAUAUUUCCAGUCAAAGGAUGAUACAUGGAUGUGGUCUUCCAUCCCUCCCAGUGAGGGAGAGAACAGAGAGAGACAAGCCACCAUGGUCCAACCGCAUAUUCAAGGUCUCAUAUUGAUGAUAUAAAGUCCUUUUGACCCAUUUCUGCCCAUGCCUACUGACGAGGUAGUGCUGUACAUGACGAACAAGGAGGGGGACAUUUGGAGCAAGAUGGAUUCAAUGGACUUGCAGGCAUACGUGGGUUUGUUGAUUCUUGCUGGCGUGUACCAAUCCAGUAAAGAAGCUACAGCUAGUUUAUGGCAUGCCCAGUGCUACCAUGACACUCGAGAUGUUUCAUAAAAUCUCAAGAGUAAUUUGAUUUGAUGAUAAAGACACAAGAGAAGAUCGCCGUGCACGAGACAAACGUUUGGGACAAGUGUGUCUCUCCUGUCGUGGAUGUAUGAUCGAGGCACUGAUGUGACUCUGGAUGAGUUCCUGGUCCCCUUCAGAGGUCGCUGUCCAUUCAAACAUCCCGAGAAAACCAGGGAAAUAUGGGAUGUAAAUAUGGGCAGCAUGCUAUGGGUCCAGCUAUGCAUGGAACAUUCAUCCAAACCCGGUAUGUCCAGCUGACAUGGAGCCUCUGUUCAAAGACAAGAUCUUUAGAGACGUUUGCUGCCAUCGUGAGAUCAUGGCACUGAAAGUUUACUGUCGCAGUGAAGCUAACGGCUGUCAGGAGCAGAUGAGUCUGCAGCAGAUACCUGACCACCUGAAUGUGUGUCCGUUCUUCGAGGUUCCUUGUCCGUUGGGUAAAUGUAAAGAGCGAAUGAUGAGGAAAGAGAUUCCCGACCACCUGAGCUGGAAAUGUAAACACAGAGAGAGCAGCUGCGAGUUCUGCAUGACCAAGAUGCCCCUAACCGACCUGCAGAAACACAAAGAGACGGUGUGUCCAGCGUUCCCAGUGUCGUGUCCAAACCACUGCUCCUUUUCCUCCCUUCCCCGGAGUGAGCUGUCGAGCCACCAGAAUGACUGUCCCAAAGCUCAGGUGAGCUGUCAGUUCCACCGCUACGGCUGCACCUUCAAGGGUUUGAACCAGGACAUGAGGCAACAUGAGUCCACCUUGGCAGCUGAACACCUGAGAAUGAUGGCCAACAGAAACUCCAGCUUAGAGAACAAGGUCGAGGAUAUUAAAGGUGAGCUGUUGGAGAGGUAUAAGGUGCUUCCUGCUCUCAGCAGUCGACUGUCUGAACUGGAGAACCAGAGCGACGAGCUGAGAGAGAAGAACCGACAGAUGGAGCAGAAACUGGCCACCAUGCAGAAACUAAUGAGCUCUCACUCAGAGAAGCUACUGGAGGUGGAGCUGGAGCUUCGUUCCCUUCGUGUGCUCAGAGAUGAGGUUGAGAACCUGAGGGGAACGCUGGAGAACGUCCGGACGAGACUCAACACUCUAGAACAAGGGGGACGGAGCGGGACUGGAUCCACAACUCACACUCUGGCAUCCCUGGAGAAUCAGCUGAAGCGACAUGAUGAGAUGCUGAGUGUCCAUGAAAUCCGAUUAGCCGACAUGGACCUGCGUUUCCAGGUGCUAGAGACGGCAAGUUAUAAUGGGACCCUGAUCUGGAAGAUCCGCGACUACAAGAGAAGGAAACAGGAAGCGGUGGGGGCGAAGACACUGUCGCUGUACUCACAGCCAUUUUACACCGGAUACUUUGGGUACAAGAUGUGCGCCCGUGUCUACCUGAACGGCGACGGCAUGGGCAAGGGGACGCACCUGUCUCUGUUCUUCGUGGUGAUGAGAGGCGAGUACGAUGCCCUGCUGCCCUGGCCUUUCAAACAGAAGGUGACUUUGAUGCUGAUGGACCAGGGUCCGUCGAGGAAACACUUGGGGGAUGCCUUUAAGCCUGAUCCAAAUAGUAGCAGCUUCAGACGUCCUGCAGCAGAGAUGAACAUUGCUUCUGGCUGUCCUCUGUUUGUUUCUCAGACCGUCCUGGAGACUGGCAGCUACAUCAAAGACGACACCAUCUUCAUCAAGGUUACAGUAGAUACCUCUGACCUUCCUGACCCGUGAUGUUACAAACCCACUGACCGCGUUGGUCUGAGAUCUGCUCACCUGUCUACGCAGAGGAAAGGAUGAUUGGAAGGAUCUGUGACAAUGAAGUAGGUGCGUCUAUCUGAGAGCGACGACGACGACAGAAGAGAAGAAACAGACAGGAAGCAGCCAAUCAGAGUGAACUUUACAGAGACUGGAGGGUGGGGCUUCUUCAGAUUGGCUGAUGGGCUAAAGAAGUGUGUGUGUGUGUGUGUGUGUGUGUGUGUGUGUGUGUGUGUGUGUGUGUGUGUGUGUGUGU